GAAGUUAUUUGUAAAAGUAGCACGAGACCGAUCGACGGAAGGGGAAGAAGAGAAGAGAGGGAAUGGCGACGAAAGGAAAGGAAGGGGAGCCUGCGCUGGGCGUGCCCUAUGGAUACGCUUAUGGCCAGGAAGCGCCGCAGCCGCAGCCGCAGCCGCAGCCUCAGGUGUAUUACGGGGGCCAGAACCCUUACCAGGCGGGGGCGAUCCCGCCCAACGCGGUGUAUGGCGACCCGAAGGGGAUCCCCCUUCAGCAGACGAUGUACCGAGACACCCCCGCCCCCUUCCAGUGCGUAUUUUGCGGGUCCUCUGGCCUCACAACCGUCAGAUCAAAACCAAGCCUGGCAGCUGUUGUUGGUUGCAUGAUGCCAUUCAUGCUGGGAGUUUGCUUCCUUUGCCCAUCCAUGGACUGCUUAUGGCACAAGUACCAUUACUGCCCAAACUGUCAACAAAAGGUUGCCGACUUUGAGAAAUCGGACCCGUGUCUGGUUAUGGAUCCACCCCAUUGGCAAGAGAUGAGCUUCGCUGUCCCUGCAUAGUGACUCAUGGCUUCAAUCCUGCAUCAUGGUCAAUUCUGUUUGUAAACACUUUUCAUAGGUCAAUUCCAUACAUUUGUAAUUGAAAUGCAUACUUUGGAGUGUGGUGUUAGAAAAGAGAAUAAUGUUAGAUCGAUAUUUGGCAUAAUAUUUAGAUGAAAAUAUUCUAUUAUUUUGAUAUGUUCCGUUUAA